GCACAGACUGGGAAUGAGACUCCGCUAAGUGCACGAGAGCGUCGUACCUGGUCAAACGAGUCGCGCGGACGCUGUGUCAACCACCGACAAAGUAGCUGUUAACUGGACAAAAGAAGGAAACACCGUUUAAAGUGAGUUUAUAAGAACUGAGAGGAUUUAAUAAGUGGGCUGGAGACGCGAGUUGGAGCCGUGGCACGUGUGGAAAUGACAUCGAUAAAGACGGAUUAAACUGCAGGGAUGUUAAAGGGAAUGAUGAAAACAACAUCUACACAGUAAAAGGAGUGACUCCGGAGCCGAAGGGAAUGGCUUGAUUUCUCACCCCGGGGAGCGAGCGGUGGGACAAUACUGUCGGAGGCACUCAUGUUUCUGUGGAAGAGAAGGAAAGUUUGCUGCGCUUCACCCGGAUACAAGUCUACUUUCUGAGAGGCAUUUUGCUGCUGUGACUAUUUCUCACCCCAGUGAGCAAGAGCCCGACCGGCUCUAAAACUGUUCACAAUGUCCAACCCCGCGCUGAAGAAAACCCACUGGACCUCCAGAAUGAACGAGUGCUCCGUCUCCAAAGAUGCCCGCGGUGACUUGAACGUGCCACUGCGCGGCGGAGCGGAGAACGGGGAGUUCGCCUACAUCGGGCAACUUAACGAGGACGUCGUGCUUUACAAAAUUGGAAAAAUAUAUGAAGGAGAACUGCUGCUGGAGGUGGAGAAUCUCUCUAUUUCGGGAUUACCCUUGUACGACGUACAGACCGUGAUAAAGAACUGCAAAGGUCCCGUCCGGUUGAAAACUGUCAGGCAAGGAAGUAAGCUGAACAAGGACCUGAAGCACUACCUGAGCCAGCGCUUCCAGAAAUCCUCGGCUGACCACGAACUGCAGCAGACCAUCCGAGACAACCUCUAUCGCCAUGCCGUGCCUUGUACAACCCGCACCCCCCGUGACGGAGAAGUUUCUGGCGUGGACUACAACUUCCUUCCAGUGGAGGACUUCCUGGAGUUGGAGAAGAGUGGGACCCUGUUGGAGAUAGGAACGUAUGACGGAAACUAUUAUGGGACGCCCAAGCCACCGGUGCAGCCCCCCAGUGGGAAAGUAAUUAACAGUAGCGGUAGCGGCGGUGAUGCCCCACUGCCAGACGGGCUCAGCGGUAGCCUGCCGGGCUCGCAGCACUCCACUCCCCGACGCAGCAAGUCCUACAAUGACAUGCACAAUGCUGGACUAGUGCCUGGAGAGCCGCAGGAGGACGACGAGGACCUCCCUGACAUGAACAGUAGCUUUACAGGAGAUUCUAGUGAAUUAGACGAGAUUCCUCACUCAGUGCGCCCCUUCGCCCCCCGCAAGAGUGACCCGCCCUACAUUGGGAGAACCCCCUCACCAUCGGCCACCACGGAGAGCACUCAGCAGUCACACUCUCACCUGAGCCAUCCUCCCCCGGAGGAUCCUCUGGGAACGCUGCCCGACAAUUGGGAGAUGGCCUACACCGAGAACGGAGAGGUCUACUUCAUAGACCACAACACAAAGACCACCUCCUGGAUAGACCCUCGGUGCAUGGACAAGCCUCAGAAACCUUUGGAAGAAUGUGAAGAUGAUGAAGGGGUACACACGGAGGAGCUGGACAAUGACCUAGAACUUCCACCAGGAUGGGAGAAAAUAGACGAUCCAGUGUACGGGGUCUACUAUGUUGAUCACAUCAACAGGAAGACCCAGUAUGAGAAUCCAAUGUUGGAGGCUAAGAGGCGCAGGCAGCUGGAGCAGCAGCAGCCUCAGCAGCCUCAGCCCCAAAGCCAGCAGCCACCCGAAGAAUGGAUCGAGGACUCGGUGUUGGCAGGGGUCCCGCUGGCCAGCUAUGCUGCCAACCACCAGGAGACCUACAGGGACCCUCAGAAAGGACCUCCAAUGCCCAACGCGAUGGGACAGAAACGAGGGAAGCCUUUCUUUACCCGGAACCGAUCCGAGCUGAAGGGGACUUUUAUCAAUACCAAGCUGAAAAAGAGUCGCCGGGGGUUCGGUUUCACUGUCGUGGGAGGCGACGAGCCAGACGAGUUCCUGCAGAUCAAGAGCCUGGUCCUGGAUGGACCGGCCGCCCUCGAUGGCAAAAUGGAGACAGGGGACGUGAUCAUUAACGUCAACGACACAUGCGUGCUGGGCUACACCCAUGCCCAAGUUGUGAAGAUCUUCCAGUCCAUCCCAAUCGGCUCCAUGGUGAACUUGGAGCUGUGCCGCGGCUAUCCGCUGCCCUUUGACCCCGAUGACCCCAACACGAGCCUGGUUACCUCGGUGGCCAUCACCGACAGCAAAGACCCGAUCAUCGUCAACGGCCAGGCGGGCUCCCACAGCUACGACUCGCCGUCCAGCCACGGCAGUCACAACAACAACAUCGGCUCGACCAACGGGGGGGCGCCCCUCAACGGCCUCCCCCGGUCCCACAGCCCCUCGGUGGAGGCUGACACCUCCUCCCAGCACGGCUACCCCAGCGAUGUGGUCACCCUGGCCUCGUCCAUCGCGACGCAACCGGAGCUCAUCACCGUGCACAUGGAGAAAGGAGACAAGGGCUUCGGCUUCACCAUCGCCGACAGCCCCGGCGGCGGAGGGCAGAGAGUGAAGCAGAUCGUGGACUACCCGCGCUGCCGCGGCCUCAAGGAGGGCGACAUUAUCGUGGAGGUGAACAAGAGAAACGUGCAGAGCAUGUCGCACAACCAGGUGGUCGACCUGCUCAGCAAGUGUCCCAAAGGCAGCGAGGUCACCAUGCUGGUGCAGAGAGGGGUGGCACCUGCAAAGAAGAGCCCAAAACUGCAGCAAUUGUCGAGAAAGGACAGUCAGAACAGCUCCCAGCAUAGCGUUUCCAGCCACCGGAGCGCCCACGCAGACUCGCCCUUGCACCCGUCCCUGGCGCCGCCUCUCAGCGAGAGCAUCGCUCCCCCGCCCCCUUCUCAGCCCCUGCCAGGCCUGCCUCCCCAGGACUCCCCGGCAGACGGCACCAUCCAAAGAAAACCGGACCCCUUUAAGAUCUGGGCCCAGUCCAGGACCAUGUAUGAAAGUAGGCUUCCAGACUUCCAGGAGCAGGACAUUUUCCUGUGGAGGAAGGACACGGGCUUCGGCUUCAGGAUCCUCGGAGGCAAUGAGCCAGGAGAGCCGAUCUACAUCGGCCACAUAGUGAAGUACGGCGCGGCAGACGAGGACGGACGCCUGCGUUCCGGCGAUGAGCUGAUAUGCGUGGACGGCACAGCGGUGGUGGGCAAGUCGCACCAACUGGUGGUGCAACUGAUGCAGCAGGCUGCCAAGCAGGGCCACGUCAACCUCACUGUGCGACGCAAAGCCAACUACGCCGCUAAAGCCGAGGGAGAUGUGCCUCCAUCGCCGGCGUCCUCCCACCACAGCAGCAACCAGGCGCCCAGCCUGACGGAGGAGAUGGGGAAGCGCACCCCACAGGGCAGCCAGAACUCCCUCAACACCGUGAGCUCCGGCAGCGGCUCCACCUCCGGCAUUGGCAGCGGGGGAGGGGGCGGAGGGGCGGGCGGCAGCGGGAACGCCAUGGUCGCCUCAGCAGUCGCCGCCGCCACCACCUCCUCUCAGCCCCCCAACGUCGUCUCCAACGCCUCCUCCGCCUUUCAGCCCUACGACGUGGAGAUCCGCCGCGGCGAGAACGAGGGAUUCGGCUUCGUCAUCGUCUCUUCGGUGUCGCGGCCCGAAGCCGGCACCACCUUCGCUGGCAAUGCAUGUGUGGCCAUGCCCCACAAAAUAGGCCGCAUCAUCGAGGGCAGCCCAGCGGACCGCUGCGGGAAGCUGAAGGUGGGCGACCGCAUCCUGGCUGUGAACGGGUGCUCCAUCACCAACAAGUCCCACUCGGACAUCGUCAACCUCAUCAAGGAGGCCGGCAACACCGUCACACUACGCAUCAUUCCUGGAGACGAGUCAUCAAAUGCGUCUUUGUUGACCAAUGCGGAGAAGAUCGCCACUAUAACCACCACUCACACAUCUCAGCAGCAGGCUGCGCCGGAGGCCAGGAACAACACCAAACCAAAACAGGAAUCGUAUGAAUUUGAAGCGCCCCCGGGCCCUCCACCUCAAGCCCCGACACAAGUCUCAGCUCAGGAUUCUGAGUUCUACUCAGUGGACCUGGAGCGGGACAACAAAGGCUUUGGCUUCAGCCUGCGGGGAGGCAGAGAAUACAACAUGGACCUGUACGUGCUGAGGCUAGCUGAGGAAGGAGCAGCCGUCCGCAACGGAAAGAUGAGGGUCGGUGAUGAAAUCUUGGAGAUCAAUGGCGAGAGCACCAAGGGCAUGAAGCACGCGCGAGCCAUCGAGCUCAUCAAGAGUGGAGGCCGGCGCGCCCAUCUGGUGCUCAAGAGGGGUGAUGGCUCUGUGCCUGAAUAUGGUGGGUCAAUCUACGAAAACAUUCCCUUCUCCCCCAUCUUCACGCCCUGAGCCACGGGACACCCAGGGGACACCCAGGGGACACCCAGUGGACGGUGGUGGGUCGAAGGGGAAAGAACUAUAUUACCCUCUGAGGACCCUUCGCCCAUCCCUGGGACAAACCCACCAGGGAGGGGGAAGGGCUUGCUUGGUCUUGGGUCUCUUUCUGGUGGAGGUCUCUACUGGGCUUUGGGAUUUUUUUUUUUGGGGGUGGGGGGGAGCAGGGGUGGAGGUUGUUCCUCUGGAUGCUGUUGCCCUCCCCCCCGCCCUCCUGCUGUCACCUGCUCUCAGUUUCCAUGUCAUCCCGCUGUCACUUUUCACCUUCUGGCCACUGAGCAAAAGCACUCUGCUGGGACUUUAAAUGGUGGUGGGUCUGAUUCCAGUGCUACAUGAAAGUAGAAACUGUUUACAAGGUUUGAAUGAGCAGAGUAGUGGAAGAUCAGUGUUUCUUGUUAUAUUGAGGGCUCCAACUCCUCAUUUAACACGUAUUUAAGUGUUAAGAGGAAGGAAACCUUGAUUCUUUGCAUCCCGUGAUAAAGUGGGACAUCUCGCAGCUUUGGUUAGGACGUGACACAAACGUAUUUAUGAUAUUUAUUGAAGGUGAAUGUAAGCUACUGAACUCUUAAGGGUUUUAAGUGAGUGAACUGUAUUGAAAAGAAAAGGCAAUCUGAUGCUUUUUUUGUUUUGUUGCUAUUUUAAAGAGGAAAAUCUCACAAUACUGUGCUUGACAUUACUCACUAGUCCAUGGAUUUUAUUUGCACCCACACUGUUAAUGUCAUUGAAAAGCUGUGACGAUAGGAACGCCACCCAUCUCCGUUCAGAAACGAAAAAGAGUCGCUCCAGUUCUAUAGACGUUUUGUACAGUGAUGAACAGAAUAGAGGCAUUUUUACAAGUAUUUUUGUUCCGUGUACAGAGCCAUGAUCAAAGCCACAUAUUAAUGGAUCAAAGUCUAUUGCUGCAUGAACUUGUCAAAAGUGUAAAUUGGAUUUUUUUUUCCUCCCUUCUAUUGUCUAUUUUCCAUAAUAUUUAUGGAACCUUUGUUUUUUUUAAUCGUACUGACCAGUUCUGAUUGAUAGUCACGAGUCAUCCUAAAUGUUUUUCUUUUUGUUACUUUUUCAGUGGAGUCUUGAAAAGUUCGUCAAUGUAAUUUUAUUUGCGCUCAGAAUGUGCUGUCUUAACCUGCACCGAUGUGACAUCAUGUGAACUUGUAUAUUUUUGGAUCAUUGUUUGUACUCUUUAGUUGGCACAACCUUUGACAGUCUCGCCAGUAUUGCUUUUGAUUUCUGUCAGCAAUGUGAAACUUCUUCAUACGCUGUCGUUUGUGGCUGUGAGUCUCACUGUCUUUAUUUUUCUGGUGUUUGGGUUUCUGCUGCUUCUUUGUCCACAUGUGUAGGUGUGUGUGGGUUAGUGUGUCGGGAGUGUGUGCGCGCGCUUGGUUCCAGGACUUUUCUCUGUAACUGAUGGGUUCCACUGACGGGUUUGGGCAAUUUCCUGGACUGUCUCUUUAUUCUGAAUGACUCAAUGAUCAAAUAAACACUUUUUUUUCAUUGAAAAAUCUACACAAUAAUUCUCCUUUUCUUCCUUCAAGUUGGUUCCAAGCGAUCUAAACCCUGUGCUCUUCUCUUUUCUUUCCUUCCGUAUUGCACUGGGCUCUUGUCUUCCUUCAGGAUUGGUCGUUCCCCAUCUCACUGCAUGUAUGAGAAAUGACAAGAUGGGGGAGGCCUCUGUCCUCCAAAAUCAGACCACGGUUUGUAACUGUC